AUGAAGGAGGAAGACACAAUCAGAAGUUUGAAGAUCAAAGAGCGAUGUUUGGUGGAUCUCCAGAAGAAGAUUAUGCAUCCGAAGGACCCGCAAAGUGCAAGCGUGUGGCGAAAACGAUACCUGAACAAGUGCAGAGAGGACCUUAUACUCGAAACUCGACUGCCGUUUGUAAGGGCUGUUUCGAAUCUUGACCUGAAGAGAUCCCCCGGAUCAGUAAAAUCGUUGGCAGCCUGGGCUAGCAAACGCAGGGAAACGCCGAUUGUGUGCUCCUGGGAGCUGUGCGAAGCGGGGUCUGUCGUUGAUGCGGGCAGACUCUUCAGCAAGUGCGCCAACUGCUCACUCGCGUACUACUGCAGCAAGGACCACCAGAAGAAGCACUGGCCGAGCCACAAGCAGCACUGCAAGCUCGCGUCCUCGACGAUCGACUCGCUUCUUGAAGGCUAG